AAGUCCAUCGUUACCAACCCCUCUACUCGUUUUCCCCAAAUUCGCAUCAAGACCUAGCUCUUCAAACCAGUCAUGUCGUCCAAGCAAGGAGGAAAGGCUAAACCUUUGAAGCAGCCAAAGGCUGAUAAGAAGGAAUACGAUGAGCAUGAUAUGGCCAACCUGCAGAAGAAGAAAGACGAGGAAAAGGCACUUAAGGAACUAAGAGCCAAGGCGUCACAGAAGGGAUCCUUUGGAGGCUCUGGACUUAAGAAGAGCGGCAAGAAAUGAUCCGUUUUAUCCAUGAAGCAUGAAUAUGAUGACAGUGCAAAUUUAUCAACUUAAUAACAGAUAUUCGUGUGUUGUGUAACUUGUAUCAUGUUUCCUUACAUAUGUUGGCUUUAACAACUUUUUCAUAAUAAAAGAAGAAAAAUGGUUUCUAACC